AUGGGCAGGAAGAAGAUUCAGAUCGCUCGCAUUGUGGAUGAGCGCAACAGACACGUGACCUUCACCAAGCGCAAGUUCGGCCUGAUGAAGAAGGCGUACGAGUUGAGUGUUCUCUGCGACUGUGAGAUCGCGCUCAUCAUCUUCAACGGCGGAAACAAACUCUUCCAGUAUGCCAGCACUGACAUGGACAAGGUGCUGCUCAAGUACACAGAGUACAACGAACCGCACGAGAGCAGGACCAACGCCGACAUCGUCGACACGUUGCGCAAGAAGGGCCUAAGCGGUAGCGACAUGGAGGCGGACGACUCUGCGGGUCAGAGCCCCGACACGGAUGACAAGUAUCCCAAAAUGGCCGAUGACGUGGACCUGAUGCUCAACAGGCAGCGCCUCUGCGCUCUGCCCACCUACGACCUGGGCGUCGAUGCCUCCCCGCUGCUGUACUCGCACGACGCCGGCGACCGCGGCCUUCUGGCAGUGCAGCAGAGGAUGUCGCCCCGGCGGCCCGCCGACGCGGGCCAGUUGGGGCCCGAGCCGCUGAACGGCGCGUACGGCGAUCGCUGCACCUCCCCCGCCACAGCCUCACCAUCGAGGAGCAUCCGGGACAAAAUUCCACCCGUGAGUGGCGGCAGCGGGCGCGAGCCUGACCUCCGGCCACUUAUGCCGCCCACCAUUGUGAGUGUGAAUAAAAAAACAGCCCGAAUGCGAGUGCUUUUCAAACCGCUAACCCCCGGCUGCGUUUUACUCACUAACGCCCUCUGGUGUGAGGACUUUGAUCUGUUAUCGAACGCUCGGCUCAACCGCUCUCAGUCUGCGCAGACCCUGUCCAGUCCGUCCGGAUUCCCGUCCUCGUUGUCCUCUUACGACGCAGAUUUCUCACUGGGCGGCGAGCUCUCUUCCUUGACGGCGUUCGGCUCCGUCGGCGGCUGGCAGCGGCACGAGCAUGUCCACGACCUGCAGAACCUUCCGCUCAGUCACAUGGGGAACGUGAACGCCACCCUCAACUUCCCACCGGGCCAGCAGAACCUCCGCAUCAAGUCUGAGCCGGCCUCGCCGAUCCGGGAGCGCGGCGCGGCCUCCGCUGUCUGUCCGGGCCGCGCCGGGGACUAUGUCCCGCGCCCGCCGUCCGAAGGCGACGGCCCAUCCAUCAAGCGCGUGCGGCUGACAGAGGGCUGGGCCGCGUGA